CUCUCUCUCUCUCUCUUUCUCUAUCUGCUCUGCAUGUUUUUUUUUCCUCCUUCCUGGACAGAGCAGCAGCAGCAGCAUCCACAGAGGCAGCUGAGGCAGCAUCAGUGCACCAGCAGCGAUAGUGGGAGCUCUGGUCCUCUCUCUCCCAGAAGAUGCUCAACAACCUAACCGACUGCGAGGAGGGGGAUGGGGGCACCAACAACCAGGGAGAUGGAAACCCCAAAGAGAGCAGCCCUUUUAUCAACAGCAGCAGCAGCAUUGAUAUUGAGAAGAGCCAGCAGUAUGACAGCAAGCACAUGGCCUUGUUUGAGGAGGAGAUGGACACGAGUCCCAUGGUGUCCUCUUUGCUCAGCAGCCUUGCCAACUACUCCAACCUGACUCAAGGCAGCAAGGAGCAUGAGGAGGCUGAAAAUAACGAAGAGAGCCGCAAGAAAACAGUGCAGGCUCCUCGUAUGGGCACGGUGAUGGGUGUCUAUCUGCCAUGCAUGCAGAACAUCCUGGGUGUCAUCCUCUUCCUCAGGAUGACGUGGCUGGUGGGGGUCGGAGGCGUCCUGGGAACCUUUUUCAUCGUCUUCAUGUGCUGCUCUACGACUAUGCUGACUGCCAUUUCAAUGAGUGCAAUUGCUACAAAUGGAGUAGUGCCAGCUGGUGGUUCGUAUUAUAUGAUCUCCCGCUCACUGGGGCCGGAGUUUGGUGGAGCAGUGGGCAUCUGUUUCUACCUGGGAACGACAUUCGCGGGAGCCAUGUAUAUACUCGGCUGCAUCGAGAUUCUCUUGGUCUACAUAGCUCCACAUGCAGCCAUAUUUAAGAUGGAAGGUCUGGACGGCCCCGAAGCCGAAGCCGCGAUGCUCAACAACAUGCGUGUGUACGGCAGCAUCGUUCUCUCCCUCAUGUCUCUGGUGGUGUUUGUUGGCGUAAAGUAUGUGAACAAGCUGGCGCUUGUUUUCCUCGCCUGCGUCAUCCUGUCCAUUCUGGCUGUUUAUGCAGGAGUGAUCAAAAGCUCAUUUGACCCUCCAGACUUCCCGAUAUGUGUGCUCGGUGAUCGGACUUUGGUAUCUAAAGGCUUUGAUAUCUGUGCAAAAACCAUUGAGACGGGCAAUGCUACAGUUACCACCAAACUCUGGAGAUUGUUCUGUGACUCUGAGUUCCUCAAUGCCACCUGUGAUGAAUAUUUCACCAAAAACAACGUUUCUGAGGUGCAGGGCAUUCCCGGCGUCACCAGUGGCAUCAUGGCAGAGAAUCUCUUUAGCAGCUUUAUGAAGAAAAACGACUUCUUAGUGAAGCGAGGGAUUCCUGCCGCGCCCGAACCCGACGCUCCAAUAACCAACAGUAACCACUACGUACUAGCAGAUAUCACCAGCUUCUUCACCCUGCUGGUGGGCAUCUAUUUCCCCUCAGUCACAGGUAUCAUGGCUGGAUCCAACCGUUCUGGUGACCUGCAGGACGCUCAGAAGUCCAUCCCCAUCGGCACCAUCCUGGCCAUCUCCACCACCUCUGCCAUAUACAUGUCCUCUGUUAUUCUGUUCGGGGCCUGUGUAGAAGGAGUAGUGCUGAGAGACAAAUUUGGUGAGGGGGUCAAUGGGAAUCUGGUCAUUGGUACACUUGCAUGGCCUUCCCCUUGGGUCAUUGUAUUUGGUUCAUUCUUCUCUACCUGCGGGGCGGGGCUUCAGAGUUUGACAGGGGCGCCUCGUCUCUUACAGGCCAUUGCACGAGACGGGAUUAUCCCCUUCCUCAGGGUGUUCGGUCAUGGGAAGGCUAACGGUGAGCCCACAUGGGCUCUACUUAUGACCACCACCAUAUGUGAGAUUGGUAUCCUUAUUGCCUCUCUGGAUGCUGUCGCCCCCAUCCUCUCCAUGUUCUUCUUGAUGUGUUACAUGUUUGUGAACCUGGCCUGUGCUCUGCAGACACUCCUCAGAACGCCCAACUGGAGGCCACGCUUCAAAUUCUACCACUGGGCUCUGUCUUUUCUGGGUAUGAGCUUGUGUCUUUCCCUGAUGUUUAUCUGCUCCUGGUACUAUGCCAUCGUGGCCAUGGUCAUUGCUGGGUGCAUCUACAAAUACAUCGAGUUCUGUGGGGCGGAGAAAGAGUGGGGUGAUGGUAUACGUGGCAUAUCUCUCAGUGCUGCUCGUUACGCUCUGAUGAGGCUGGAGGAAGGACCACCACACACCAAAAACUGGAGGCCUCAGAUCAUGGUUCUGGUUGGUUUGGAUGGCGAACAGAACGUGGAGCAGCCACGCCUCCUCUCACUGACCAAUCAGCUGAAGGCAGGUAAAGGCUUGACCAUUGUGGGAGCCUGUAUUGAGGGCACAUUCCUUAACAACCACGAAAAAGCACAGAAAGCAGAACAGUCUCUGAGGAAGCUGAUGGAGACGGAGAAGGUAAAGGGCUUCAGUCAGGUGGUGAUCUCCUCCAACCUGCGCGAGGCCACCUCUCAUCUCAUCCAAGCUGGAGGACUCGGAGGCCUGCGCCACAACACGCUGGUCAUCAAUUAUCCCAAGAACUGGAAGCAGCACGAGGACCAUCAUCAGCUAAGGAAUUUUAUUGAGGUUGUGCGGGAGACCACUGCGGCUCACUUGGCUCUUCUGGUGCCAAAGAACAUUGCUGCGUAUCCAUCUAACGGUGAGCGCUUCACUGAGGGCCACAUCGACGUCUGGUGGAUUGUCCAUGAUGGAGGAAUGCUUAUGCUCCUGCCUUUCUUGCUGCGACAGCACAAGGUUUGGAGGAAGUGCAAAAUGCGCAUCUUUACUGUGGCUCAGAUGGAUGACAACAGCAUUCAGAUGAAGAAAGACCUGAUAACCUUCCUCUAUCACCUGCGACUCGACGCCGAGGUGGAGGUGGUGGAAAUGCAUGACAGUGAUAUCUCAGCUUACACCUAUGAGAAGACUCUGGUAAUGGAGCAGAGGUCACAGAUCCUUAAAGAGAUGCACCUUACCAAAAACGAGUGGGAGAGAGAGAUUCAGAGCAUCACAGACGUGUCCCGUGGCUCCAUCCGCCGAAAAAACCCAUCGAACCUUCAUCCACCCAAAAACAUUAGUGAGGAGCCUGCAGGGGGCAGCACUGAGGAGAAACCAGAGGAAGAGGUACAGCUCAUCCAAGGUAAGAACGCCACACCCACCCCGACAAGCCCCGUCACUCCGACUCCUACGGACAAAGGUGCCAUGAGCCCUAGCGAGGAGGUGCAUAUGACCUGGAGCGAUGACUUAGACAAGUCCAAGAAUUCACCUGUGGCUAAAUUGGAGACCAAUAAAGACAUGUUUAACAUAAAACCGGAAUGGGAAAACCUGAACCGGUUCAACGUGAGGCGCAUGCACCACGCGCAGAAGCUUAAUGAAGUGAUUGUGAGAAAGUCGCAAGAUGCUAAGCUAGUCCUGCUGAACAUGCCUGGGCCUCCCAAAAACCGCACUGGUGAAGAGAACUACAUGGAGUUCCUCGAGGUCCUGACCGAGGGUCUCAAUCGAGUCCUCCUUGUGCGUGGUGGCGGACGUGAGGUCAUCACCAUCUACUCUUAAUGAACAAACCUAUCCUCCCUGUGAAGUCUUUCUCAUGCCAUGUUGCUCGAUCCAUAGACUGAACAUCCCAGCGUUCCCAGACUCUGCCAUGAGCAAUAGAGCCCCAGCACAUAUCAGACUACUUUGCACUACAUCAUCAGAGACCUCUUUAUUACACCAGCUUAACCAUCAGUCUAGCUCAGCAUUAUUCUCUCUAUCUCUUAAGUUAAGGAACUGCUUUUAUGUUUUUACCAGUUUUUGAAAGUACAUGCAUUGCAUAGAUAGCUAGCUGACUCUCAGAAGGCCGACACCCAAAGUUAGACUCAGCCAAACACCAAGAUACUGAUACUGUAAUACUGAGAAACAAGCAGGUGUAAUUAUCAUUUUAUGAAAACGUCUUCCAGUGUAUCGUCUUACGGCCCGAGAAGCACUUUGAAUCUAAAACACAGAAUGUGUGUGUGUGUGUGUGUGUGUGUGUGUGUGUGUGUGUGUGUGUGUGUGUGUGUGUGUGUGUGUGUGUGUGUGUGUGUGUGCGCUUGGCUUGACUUGACUAGAGCCAAACCUUGUAGCUGUCCAUGUGUUCAUGCCAUGGACAUGCCUGAGUGUUGAAAAGUGAUGCUGCUGAGAUGCAUAAGUUUAUCUAAUAAGUGGUUGAUGUUAAUAUAUUGAAGAACAACCAAAACAAAACAAAACAAAACAAAAAAAAAUACAGGGAUGUGAGUUUCUUGGAAACUUGACCAGACCAUGAAGGCAGUUUUAUAUUUUUUACACACUUCAGUUCAUAGUAUCCUCUUUACACGGAUGACAGAUAUUAUGAGAUCAUAACGUGAACGAUUCAUCACACAUAGAGAUGUACAUACUGUAGUAUAGAUAUAUUCGACAUAUUAUUGCUUUAAAACAGAACAAAAAAAAGAAGUGUUAUGUGACAAAUUUAUCGAUUUAAAAAAGAUAUACAGCAUACAGCAUUUAAAAAAAGGAGCAGAAAAUAUUCUAAAGGAAUAUAAAAUGUUAAAGUAUAUGUAUAUUGUGAAUAUUUAUCUACACAAAAGAUUAUUAUCAUUAUCAGCAAUUUUGAAUGAAUGACUACCAUGAUGAUCACCAGCUUCUGCCAAACACUGAAAUGUGCAAUGUGUGCCAUAUGGACAAAUAAAAGAAAUUUAAAUAGGACCUUUCUCUUUAAACGUAACCAAGUGAAAAACGAACACUGGGUAUAUUAUAUUCCUAUAAUAAGCUAAUGAGGCACUAUCCUAGGGCUUCGUUCAUUUUUGUAUGGUUUAAAUAACGCACCAAACAAAAACAAAAAAGUUCAAACAAAA